AUGUUUGGCACCCAAGGUCACACUCGGCAUCCGUCUGUCAUCUCGUCUGGAUCCUUGGAUCGAGUAGGAGUAAGUGCUUAUUCUAAGGUAAUAUUACUCCUGAUGACUUUAGAAUCAUUUCAACCCGACCUUCUUCCCCUACGCCAAGGCCUUUUAUCGACUCCCAGCUGAUGAUGAACCGGGAACAUGGAUCAGGAGGUUGCAGGUAAGACGUUUAUAAACGCAUUUCCUUGAAAUAAUUUUAUUUACAGGUGUUCUACGAGAAAUCACGAUUGCAUUACUUGUUACCAAUCAUUGUGCUUGUAAUCUACUCAUUUCUUGGAGGUUUUAUUUUUUAUACAAUCGAAUCUCCAGAAGAACAAGAGAUUUUGACCAGGAAAAAACAAUAUAUUGAACAAGAAGAGCAACUCAUUAUGAUGGAGAUCAACAGAAUUCAGCACCGAAUGAAGUAUUUCCUCCAGAAGAACCAGAGCCUCGAAUUAUAUCUCCGAGAAGUGAGACAAUACCGACACCUUGCCCUGAAUCGGUUAAACAAGGUGAUCGUCCUUUAUUUAUUUAUUAUAUAACCUUAGGCCGUCUAUUGGUAUGUGCUACAAGUCUACUAUCUAAACGAUCAGGAGAGUUACAAGGCGUCUUUGUUACAUCCCCACAAUCCAGAGAGGCUCUGGAAACCUCAUUUCCAUUCAAAUUUUGGUCGGAUUUUGGCCUUGAAGAAUUAUACGGAACAGGUGAUUUGGAGAUGACUAAUAAGGUGUCGGCAAAAGCUCGUCUUCAGGUUUAGCCGCGAGGCAUAUACCAUUUGAAAGAGCAAUCUUAGGGUAUAUGAUAAUGAUUAGUUUCAAGUUCUGUAACUUUUAAGAACGCCAACGUGUAGAGAGACCUAGGUAGCAGCUGGAAAGCGUGUUUCUUGAGGCGAACCCUGAACCUUUUGCCGACCCAUUGUAAGCAAUUUGUUGUUAUAACUGUGAAAUAUUCAGUUAUCAAGCCGUUGUUGGGAGAUUGGGGUUGAUUUUGUGACUCCAGAAGAGGCCACUUUAAAGUUGAAGAAGAGUUUAAAAGAAUUCAAUAAGUUCACGGGCCUGGAUCACAUCCUGACCCCUACCUGGACCUUCUGGAACUCCAUGUUUUUGGCAGGUAAUUCCCUUUUAAUAACUUCCUUAGUUUGACAAAACCUGCAUCUUUAAGUCACAACAUAUUCCACGAUUGGUUACGGUAAUAUUUCGCCCAAAAGUCGAUUGGGAAAACUAGCGGCGAUGGUUUACGCAGCCAUCGGGAUACCUUUGGUGUUAAUGAUACUCCACAAAUUGGGAAGAUUCUGCUUGAGAGGCCUCGAAUAUCUGUGGAAUAACGCCGUUUGGUGAGUAAAUGAAUACAAAUUAUAAGCUGACAGGUUCAUGGAGUCCCUAAGUUGUGUCAAGGAUGCCGAGAAGUUGAAGGGAAACAUGAAAUACGAAGGCGGAAUGCCUGUGCUUCUGGCCGUCGGAGUGGCCUUUGGAUGGAUGUUUCUAUGUGCUGCCAUAUUCCUUCAAUUCGAAGAUGAUUGGGAUUAUUUCAAAAGUUUUUAUUUCUUCUUUUGUUCUCUAACCACCAUUGGUUACGGUAUGUUAUCUACGUAUUGUUUGAUGACUUUAAUCGCGUAACAUGGCGCAACUUUCAGGUGAUGUAACUCCCACCAAUUCAGAAGAUAUGUUUUUAAUUUUCGGAUUUAUUAUCAUCGGCCUUUCCCUGGUUUCUAUGUGUGUAAAUGUAAUCCAAUUGAAGUUAGAAGAACUAUUUGAAGAACUUUUGAUAGCCAUGAUGGAAGAGUAUGGAGCACAAGAAGCUGGGCUGCCAGGCCCUGAUCUGCAACCCAAGUUAACGGUAAUGGACCUGUGGAAAGUUUGGAAAAGAAGGAGGAAUCAGAAUCGUCAGAAGCAAGAACAAAGUCAGAAGAAUGGAAAAGAAGGUGAGGUUAUUAUACUCUCAAUACUUAUCGUUUAACUCUAGUGGUACAUAAAGAGUCAGUUCAACGAAAAUCUUUCUCAGAAUUCAACUGGUGGAAGAUCUUUCCAUUCGCCAAGCGGAGAAGAGAGGUUCUUAUCCAUGAAUUCAGGAAUCGGCUUCAACAGGUUUGCUGUAAAAUUACAUUUCACAUGAGAUUGUUAGGCCCAUAAAGAGACGCAGACUGAACCCUGGGUAUUACAUAAUCUGAAUUACGUAUCCGAAAUCGAUGAAAUGAGUUGGAACGAAACUUCCCCCGGAACCAGCAGUUCCCUCGCCCCUAGUGCAGAGUCCCAAAAUGGCUAUCACACCCCUCGUUCUCCAACUGUGCUGUCAUCAGCCGGAUCUUCAGCAAGACGAGUGAAGGUGGCAAUCAGUGAGAACAGUUCAUCAGUCAGUCUGAGAUCUAGUUCAAGCUCUUCUUAUGCCAAAAGAUAUCUUCCCAGCAGACAUGACCGACGGCACACGACAGUGUCCGCGGGAACAGGGACCACUGUAGGAUCUGUAAAGUCAGCUCCCAUUGCCGGACCUUACAUUGAACCGCGCAUGUCGCCCAAUUCAGCCAGCAUCGUUGAACAAUAUGCCAGUCAGAGAAGAUGGACUUUUUUUGAGAUCGGUAAAACACCCCGAGGGGCUCCGAGAGGGCUUGUGAUACCUUACAUGUACAUGAGAAGGAACGCUCUUACGGUAAACGUUUUUUAUUAUGUUUAUAUUAUACGUAAUUAAUGUACUGUCUAAGUCCUAAAAGAAGUGGACAGUUACUCUGCUGUAAAGUUACAGGGAGUGACAAGACAAAGAACGCGCUUCUUUGUGAUUAUUACAAUUUAAGAUUACCCGUUUUCACAUUUUUCUUUUAAGCACGAGACCACUGAGAUUGCGCAACUGAUAGCGGAGAUCGAUUCUCGGUUGGUGGACUGUAGAUCCAUCGUUUCGACGUCUCGGGCUGUCUCCAGGACGGACCCUCCCCCGGGGCCAAGUACCCAAGAAUGA